UGCACUGCAUUCACACACUCUCAAAGAUAAGAAAAAAAAAAAUGAAGCUCUUUUCUCUGAUACUGUUUUUCUUAGCUUUCUUCUUGCUUGGAACCUCAGCAGAUGAUGUUACCAGCGUCAUCAGCUCGUCUCUUUUUGACAAAAUGCUUAAAUAUCGAAACGAUCCUCGAUGUAAAAGCAAUGGAUUCUACACUUACAAUGCUUUCGUUGAUGCUGCCAAAUCUUUCAAUGGCUUUGGCACAACUGGUGAUAUUACUACACGAAAAAGGGAGAUUGCUGCUUUCUUAGGUCAAACCUCUCAUGAGACCACGGGAGGGUGGCCAAGUGCACCAGAUGGCCCAUAUGCGUGGGGAUAUUGCUUUAUUACCGAAACAAACAAGCAAACCUAUUGCACGCCUUCAAAUCAAUGGCCAUGUGCUCCUGGCAAACAAUAUUAUGGUCGAGGACCUAUCCAACUCACUCACAACUACAAUUAUGGGCCUGCAGGUAAAGCUAUUGGAGUUAAUCUGCUAAGUAAUCCAGAUCAAGUAGCCACAAACCCCACCAUAUCAUUCAAGACAGCCAUAUGGUUUUGGAUGACCCCACAAGGAAGCAAACCAUCUAGCCACAAUGUCAUCACUGGAAAAUGGAAACCCUCCGCUGCUGACACUGCAGCUGGUAGAGUCCCAGGUUAUGGUGUAAUCACCAACAUUAUCAAUGGUGGCAUUGAAUGUGGCCAUGGCCAGGAUAGUAGGGUGGCUGAUAGGAUUGGGUUCUAUAAGAGGUACAGUGACAUAUUGGGAGUUAGCUAUGGGAAGAACCUAGAUUGCUAUAAUCAAAAGCCUUUUGCCUAUCCACACACUUUUCACCGGCACUUUCAUCUGACCAACCAGGAGGAUUUGGAAACCAUUCUCAAGGCGGCAAUUUUUGUAAACAAAGAGGACAACCAAAAAAUCACUGUAACCGAGCACGGCUUUUUGAUCUCUGAAGGAUCUCUUGUCCCGGAGGACAUCCCGUUGGCGGGCUCUUCUCCGUCCCACCAAGUAGCAGAGGACGAGGGUGAUUUGGGCUUAUCCGAAGAGGGGUUCGGUGUAUUUGACCAAGUUGAUCCAUCCAAAGAUCCUUUCAGUGACCUGGGUGACCCUAACUUGUCCGAGGCGGAACUGUUGUCAGUGGGAACAUUUUCUCGGGCGGAGAUGGGUGUUAAGAGAAAGCCCCCGACCAGCUUGUUUGACCUGCUUGAGGGCCAGCCGGGGAAGGGUGUGCAGGGAAGGUCGCAGUCCAGUGCUCCAACUCCCCCACCACAGCCCCAGCCUGUCCAGACUAGGUCUUCUCCUUCCCGAUCGCAGUCACAAUCCCCCCGACCAAAACUUCCUGCCCCUCCCCAAUCUACUCUGCCUUCUCGGCCUGAGCCCACCGACCCAAAGAGGAAGAGGAGUUCCAAAGGCCUAGACGGCGCCCAGAAACAAGCCGAGGACCAGACGAGGUGCCUGCUUGCUGCCGAGGAGCAAUUAGAGAUCGCCAAAGAGCAUAUCGAUGAUUUAAAGAAGAAACUGACCGAGGCAGAAAGGGCUAAGGGCGUCGCGGAAUGGGCCAGGGACGAAGCUGUGAGGGCCAAGACAGAGGCUGAGUUUGCCAAGAUGGAGGCCAAGACCUCCAAGGAGAAGGCUUACGAUGUGGGGGUGGUCGAAACCCAAGCCACCCUUAAAGCUCAAAUCCCUGGUGUAUGGGUGGAGGUUUCGUUCGACCUGUGGAAGGCGGAGAAGGUGUACUAUCCUCUGGCCAUCCGUGAGACCGCCUCCGCCAGCUCCGAGACUGUGAGCGCUCCACAGGAGACUGAGGCUGCUCAGCCAAAAGCUGCUCAACUCAUUCUCACUCCUGACGAGACGAAUAAGGGAGGAGAGCUUCAUGGGGCAACAGAAACACCUAGAGGUCUGAAUCCUGAGAUGCCCCAGGAGGCUGCCAAGUCCAUAGUCAGUGCUCAAGUCUCUGAUGCCGAGGAGCCGGCCCUCUUGGUUCAGCCCCUUCAGACCAUUCCUAUUGCUGAUGUCUCCGAGGGCCUUAAGGCUAAUCCUGCUCGGCCUCCCCAGGAAGGGGAUGUCUCUCAGGGUCCCAAGACUAAUCCUGCUCAGCCUCCCCAGGAAUCACAUGCGUACCCACCAUUCACUUCCACAAAGCACUAUUGCUGCACAGCAUUCACACUCUCAAAGAUAAGAAAAAUGAAGCUCUUUUCUCUGAUUCUGUUUUUCUUGGCUUUCUUCUUGCUUGGAACCUCAGCAGACGAUGUUACCAGCGUAAUCAACUCGGCUCUUUUUGACAGAAUGCUUAAAUAUCGAAACGAUCCACGAUGUAAAGGCAAUGGAUUCUACACUUACAAUGCUUUCGUCGAUGCUGCCAAAUCUUUCAAUGGCUUUGGCACAACUGGUGAUAUUACUAUACGUAAAAGGGAGCUUGCGGCUUUCUUGGGUCAAACCUCUCAUGAGACCACUGGAGGGUGGGCAACUGCACCAGAUGGCGCAUAUGCAUGGGGAUAUUGCUUUAUUACCGAAACUAACAAGCAAGCCUAUUGCACUCCUUCAAAAGAAUGGCCAUGUGCUCCUGGCAAACAAUAUUAUGGUCGAGGACCUACCCAACUCACUCACAACUACAAUUAUGGGCCAGCAGGAAAAGCCAUUGGAGUUGAUCUUCUAAAAAAUCCAAAUCUAGUAGCCACAAACCCCACCAUAUCAUUUAAGACAGCCAUAUGGUUUUGGAUGACUCCACAAGGAAGCAAACCAUCUAGCCACGAUGUCAUCAUUGGAAAAUGGAAAUCAUCGGCAGCUGACACUGCAGCUGGUCGAGUCCCAGGUUAUGGUGUAAUCACCAACAUUAUCAAUGGUGGACUCGAAUGUGGCCGAGGCCCAGAUAGUAGGGUGGCUGAUAGGAUUGGGUUCUAUAAGAGGUACUCUGACAUAUUGGGAGUUAGCUAUGGGGCAAAUCUAGAUUGCUAUAAUCAAAAGCCUUUUGCCUAAACAGCUCUGGUCCAAGGCCAAAAAAAUGUUUAGCCAAGUACAAUAAGGAGAUGAUAUAAAUGUAUGAAUGGGAGAUUUCUUUUCCAAUGAGAAAUCUCUAAGGUUAUGGAUAAAUAAAGAGGAAUUUAAUAAAUUUGAGUACUGGUUAUUUAUUA